UAAAUACCACCCCAAGCUCGAUCUAUUGCUCGCACCGCGGCGGAGACGCACAGACACACAGUAGCGAAGCACUAUAGCUAGCUAGGCGCGCAACCAUGGCGAAGAAAGUGGCUGUGGUCGCCACGCUCCUCGCCCUGAACCUCCUCUUCUUCACCUUCGCCGACGCAUGCGGCUGCCAGUGCGGCGCCUGCCCUAGUCCAGGCGGGGGAGGCGGAGGGGGUGGAAGCGGAGGCGGUGGAGGCAGCGGCGGCGGUGGUGGAGGUGGCAGCGGCGGGGGAGGGGGCAGCGGCGGCGGCAGUGGAGGUGGCAGCGGCGGUGGAGGCAGCGGUGGAGGCGGUAGCGGAGGGGGAGGCGGCAGCGGUGGCGGAGGAGGCGGCGGGCGGUGCCCAAUCGACGCGCUGAAGCUGGGGGUGUGCGCGAACGUGCUGAACGGGCUGAUCAACGUGAACCUUGGGACGCCGCCCAGGACGCCGUGUUGCACGCUGAUCCAGGGGCUGGCGGACCUGGAGGCGGCUGUGUGCCUGUGCACGGUGCUGCGCGCCAACGUGCUGGGCAUCAACCUCAACCUGCCCAUCAACCUCAGCCUCCUCGUCAACUACUGCGGCAGGAGCGUCCCCGCCGGAUUCCAGUGCCGCUGAGCUGCCCAUCAUCCUUCCAUCUCUCACACGCAUGCAUGCAUGCAUGAUGGUGCGUGAGCGGUUAAUUCAACAAUAAGAAGUGCUUGUUUUGUUUCUAAUCAUCAUCCUGUAUUCCUGUGUGUCAUCGAUCGUCCGUGUCGACAAGUGACACGAUCUCGAUCUAUUUAAAAAGUUGCUACCAAGCUACUUACGUAUGGGAGUGUCAAUUGGUGUGUGUGUGUGAUCUCUAGCUAAUGUUGGUUUCAUGUAUCGAUCACCAGCAUAUAUAUAUAUGUAUCAUGUCGUACUUGUGACCCUGGGAUCUAGGUUAUGUGCGUACGUACUACGGAGUUGUGUUUCCAUGUACCGUUGCUUGCUCUAAAGAGGUUAUUCCACUUUUUAA